AAAACAGCUCCACCUGCAUCUGCCCGAGCUUCCCAUUUCGUGAUUGGCUGGAAACUGCACACAUCCUCCCUGUGAUUGGUCAAACUCUACUAGAAGGGGCGGGAAUUGCUAGCGGAAAGCGCCUCUCUCGGGCGAGGUCGCGCCCCGUCCCAGUCUGAUUGGCUGACAGUCACGGGACCCGCCGCCGAUUGGCCCAUCCACCAGAAGGGGGCGGGAUUUGGUCCCGCCAAACACCUGCGUGCUUCUGAGGGCCCCGCCCCUGCCUCCAGUGUGACUGGGCGGGACAUCCGGGCACUCGGGGAAGGAGCAGGGAGCUGCGGACCCGAGAGGGAACCAGCCCGGGGCUGGAAGGGUCCCGGGCGCGAGCCGGGGAGCGGGCGCCAUGGCGGAGCCGCGGAAGGAGGAAGAGGAGGAGGCCGAGGAGCGGGGCAAGCGGGAGCCGGCCCACCGGGCCACCGUCGCGGCCAAGAACCUGGCCAUCCUCAAGGCCCGCUCCCUGGACGUCACCUUCGAGGUGGGGGACGAGUACGAGGUCAUCGAGACCAUCGGCACCGGGGCCUAUGGCGUGGUCAGCUCUGCCCGCCGCAGAUCCACAGGCCAGCAGGUGGCGAUCAAGAAGAUUCCCAACGCCUUCGAUGUGGUGAUGAACGCCAAGCGCACCCUCCGCGAGCUCAAGAUCCUCAAACACUUCAAGCACGACAACAUCAUCGCCAUCAAAGACAUCCUGAAACCCGCCGUGCCCUAUGACGACUUCAAAUCCGUGUACGUGGUGCUAGACCUGAUGGAGAGCGACCUUCACCAGAUCAUCCACUCAUCCCAGCCCCUCACGCUGGAACACGUCCGAUACUUCCUCUACCAGCUGCUCCGGGGCCUCAAAUACAUCCACUCGGCCAACGUCAUCCACCGCGACCUCAAGCCCAGCAACCUGCUCAUCAACGAGAACUGCGAGCUGAAGAUCGGCGAUUUCGGCAUGGCCCGGGGCCUGUGCACCAAGCCGGACGAGUACAAAUACUUCAUGACGGAAUACGUGGCCACGCGGUGGUACCGGGCCCCGGAACUCAUGCUCUCCCUCCACGAAUACACACAGGCCAUCGACAUGUGGUCUGUUGGCUGCAUCUUCGCCGAGAUGCUGGGCCGCAAGCAGCUCUUCCCCGGGAAGAAUUACAUCCACCAGCUGCAGCUGAUCAUGACGGUUCUGGGCACACCGUCCGCCAAGGUGAUCCACGCCAUCGGGGCUGACCGGGUGCGUGCCUACAUCCAGAGCCUGCCCUCCCGCCAGCCGGUGCCCUGGGAGAGCCUAUACCAGCAGGCCGACCGCUCGGCCUUGGCGCUGCUGGCCAAGAUGCUGCACUUCGAUCCCCGGGAGCGGAUCACCGUGGCCGAGGCCCUCAAGCAUCCCUUCGUGGCCAAGUACCACGACCCGGACGACGAGCCCGACUGCGUGCCCGCCUUCGAUUUUGACUUCGACAAGCAGGUCCUCACCAAGGAGCGUAUCAAGGAGGCCAUCGUGGCUGAGAUCCGCGACUUCCACGCGCGCCGCGAAGGGAUCCGCCGGCAGAUAAGUUUCAAGCCCGCCCUCCGGCCUGCCGCUGCCGCCACUGCCCCCCCCGUUGCCACCGCCGCCCCCUUGCGCUGCCAGGACGUGGACAUGCCCAGCGCUGGAUCCACCGGGGGAGACUACGCCAUGGAGUCACCAGCCCCCGGGGAAGUCCCGUACCCUCCGGAGACUAUUGACCUGACCUCGCCCGGGGCUCCCCCCCAGCCUGAGGGGCCGGCCGAGGUAAAGGCUGAGCCGGAGGCAGCACCGCCGAAGAGGGAGGGAGCCAUCUCGGACGACACCAAGGCAGCGCUCAAGGCUGCCCUGCUGAAGUCGGCUCUGCGCAAUAAGAGCAAAGACACCCAGUGCUCCAUGCCGGAGCCCCCGGACGUGCGGAAGCCGGUGACGGCCCAGGAGCGGCAGCGGGAGCGGGAGGAGAAGCGGAAGCGGCGCCAGGAGCGGGCCAAGGAGCGGGAGAAGAAGCAGAAGGAGAAGGAGCGGAAGGAGCUGCGGCGCGGGGACGUGCUGCGCGGGCUAGUGCUGAGCGAGAACGACCGCAGCCUCCUGGAGCGAUGGACCAAGAUGAUUGACCGGAACCAUCAGAAACUGGCUCACAACGGGCCCAUGGACCACGUCCCAACCGCGCCUGCCGGCCACAUUCCACCAGGAGCCACUGGUCAUGUUCCACCAGGAGCUGCUGGCCACCUCCCAGCUGCACCUACUGGCCACCUCCCAGCCACGCCUGCUGGUCAGGUUCCACCGGGAGCUGCUGGUCAGGUUCCACUGGGAGCUGCCGGCCACCUUCCAGCUGCACCUGCCGGCCACCUUCCAACCACGCCUGCUGGCCAUGUUCCACUGGGAGCUGCUGGCCACCUCCCAGCCACCCCUGCUGGCCACCUUCCGCCGGGAGCCGCUGGCCACCUUCCAGCCACCCCUGCUGGCCACGUUCCGCCGGGAGCCGCUGGCCACCUUCCAGCCACCCCUGCUGGCCACGUUCCGCCGGGAGCCGCUGGCCACCUCCCAGCCACCCCUGCUGGCCACGUUCCGCCGGGAGCCGCUGGCCACCUUCCAGCCACCCCUGCUGGCCACGUUGCACCAGGUGCCGCUUGCCACCUCCCAGCCACGCCAGCUGGUCACGUCCCGGUCACAUCGGAUUUCUUGAGCUUCCCUGAGAAGGCACCAGCCGGUGGCGGCUCCAAGCUCACCAUACUGCCAAUAGUUGCGGAUCCAGCCCACGGCUCGGCCCCCAACAUUGUCCAGUACUUUCCGGCCCCGCCCGGCCCCUUCCCUCCGGUUCUGGUUGCCCCCUCAGCUUGCCACAAAGCUCUGGCUAAACCUGAGUGCCUCCUGAGUGUCAAAUACGCCCCGGGUCAGAUCUUCCAGGCCCCCUUUGGCCUGGCGGGUAUCAGUGCGUGGCCAGGUGUCCAGUGCCCAGAGAACUGGUCCGUGGCCGGGAGGCCAGCACCUGGGGAAGCCCCGACGACUCCUAGUGGGACACAGCUGCAAGAGGGGCCAUCAGUCCGCGCUGUAGGCAGCCUUGUGACACCAGGCAGGGAGGGCGUGGCGUUGGAUCCAGCCAUCUUCCUGCAGGAGAUUGGGAAGAGGGCUCCAGCUCCGGCAGUGGGAGGAGUCAAAGGGCCCGGCCACUACCCGAUCGCUAUGGCCGCCUCGCCGGAAACCGCCCACCCGGAGUCGCCUGACAUCACCAUGGUCACGCAGCAGCUUUCCAAGUCGCAGGUGGAGGAUCUCCUGCCGCCCGUCUUCUCGGUGACCCCCAAGGGCAGCGGUGCAGGCUACGGCGUGGGCUUUGAUCUGGAGGAGUUCCUGAAUCAGUCCUUCGACAUGGUGGGGGAGAACAGGGACAGCCAGGGCGAUUCGGCCCCUCUCUCGGCCUCCCUGCUGGCUGACUGGCUCGAGGUCCAUCGGAUGAACCCCGCCGAUAUGGAGUCCCUCCAGCAGGAGCUGCAGCUUGGCUCUCCCAUGAUCCUCUCCGACAUUCCCGACCUCCAGGACGCCUGAGGCUGAGAUCUCAGCUCCCUUGUGCCUCCCCUCCCCAUUGGGGGUGAGGGUGGGGCCAGGACCGGCUAUGCAUCAGGGUCUCUAUGGGGCAAGCAACAAGUAGACACUUCCCCCUCCCGAUCGCCUGGGUCCCGGCACUGGUUUUGCCUGGUGUCCCGUCAGGUCUCAUGUACAGUUAGGCAGAGUCAGAAGGGCUCCCCGCAUGGCUGGGAGAGCUUGACCCUAUUCUAGUAGGCACUGUGCUGAGGGGCAGGGGCUCACUAGGGGCGCUGAGCCCUGAUAAUCAGUGCUGGCCCCGACGUCCCAGAGUGUCACUAGGGGGUGCUGCAUUGCAUUGUGGGUGUGUAUUGAUUUCCUUCCUGACCCCUCUGAGUUACCCUGGAGCAUGAGCGUGGCUCGCCCAUCCCUGACUCUUACUAAGCUGAGCUGCCUGGGGAAUCCCCGCCCUGGGUGGAAUGGGCCAGUGCUCCUGAGGCCUCGGUUUGAUCCCCGCCCAUGCCACAGCAUCGAUGACUUAGCCCGGGCUUGGUCCCAUGGGAUGUGAAUCAUCAUCCUGCUGCAUCAUUCCCCUGUCUCCUGUUAUUUCCCUCCUCCUCACUCCUACCUCUGUCUCCCUCCUCUAACUCUGAUUUCUUAUCCCCUCCCGUAAUACCCGCCUUGCUCUCCCGCUGAUUUAGGCACUUAGGAUCCAGAUCCUUACAGCUAUUUAAACACCUGAUUCAGACCAGGAUUUAGGGCUUUAGAAGCACAAAUUUUGCUGGAAGUCAGUAGGGUUUAGGAUAGUAAUGGCCUAGAUUGCUGUGGGAUUCAGGAGCCUAAAUCCUGUUAGCCAUUUGGAUGGUAUCUCUUCUUGCGUAAAUCGAAUUCCCACUCCCUUCAGUAGACACGGAGAACAAUUGAUCACUGUCCUCAUUGUAACAACUCUCAACAUCUUUGAAGGCUGUUCUCCGGUCCCCCCUCUGUCUUCUUUUCUCUAGACUAACCAUGCCGGUUUUUUAACCUGUCCCCGUAGGUCAUGUUUCUAAACCUUCGAUCAUUUUUGUUUCUCUCCUCUGGACUCUGUCUGAUUUCUCCACGUUUCCUAACAUGGCAUCUGGAAUUGGACACACUACUCCAGCUGAAAUACACCCCGUUAAUACACCCCGGAUGACAUUAGCCUUUUUUGCCACUUCCAUUUAGAGGUGAGUGACAUUUUCAACUACAAACCCCGCAAAUUCAGUGUACCCGAAACCUUUCAAAGAGUUGUCCUUGGUUUUGCUGAAUUGUUGAAAGAUCAGCCAAAAAACUCCAAAGAAAAUAAAAAAAUUGACAUCUUAGAUCUGAAACUUUUUCAUUUUUUCAAUUCCAAAUUUAAUAUAACAAAAAAAAAAAUGAAAACCAGAAAACAGUAGAAACCUUUUGUUUUGGCACUUUCAGAAGUGACGAGUUUUCUCUUGGAAGCCGCUGUUCAUACAGAAAUUGCCUUUAAUUUAAGUUUUAAAAUAGGGAAAAUGUAAAAAACAGCUUAAAAUAUUUAGUUUGACUGAAAACCAGAUUUUUUCCCCCUUGUUGAUUUGCCAGACUUUUUUAAAAAUUGCGUUUCCUCUUUGACCCAAAAUUAUUAUUAUUAUUAUUUUGCAAACAACUGAAAACUCCAUUAUUUGUCCAAUUUAAUUCCACCAGUUUACUCUGGUCCCCACUCUGCAUUGAAUCUAAUCUCCAGUCCCCUCUUUACUUUUCUAAUAUAAUCCCCAUUCUCAUUGUUUAAACCUGUCUAAUCUAAUCCCCACUCAGUGUCUUGUGUAAUAUCUAUUCUCCUUUUUAUCUACCUAAUUUAUCCCCCACUUUGGGUCUAUUACAGUCUCAUCUCCUUUUUAGCUGCCUAAUUUAAUCUCAUGAUCAAAUCUAAUACCUAAAAGAUGCUCAGAACUUUUUUAUCAAAACAACUGGUUUUCAUGUAAAAAAAAGCUGUUUUGACGACACCGGUUUCCCCCCGCAGAUGGUAUCAUUUCAAUUCCAUUUUGUUUAUUUUAUUUGAAAAUGUCACACGUUUCAGUAUUUCGUUUGGAAACGACUUUUUCGUUUUGAUCAUUUAUUUUAUACCAAAAAACAAAGAAAUUCCUAAUGUUUUGAAUGAACCAAAAUGAAACAUUUUAACCCAAAAUGAACUUUUUGUUUGCAAAAAAUAUUGCAAUUUUGGGG